AUGGAGAUGCACCCAGAACAGACGCCGACCGCUGCCAUGGCUCGAUCAAAGGCCCGGCGGGUCUCUCGCGCGUGUCUGUCGUGUCGCACGCGCAAAACGAGAUGUGACCUCGAUUCUGCGGGAGUGUCGGGCGUGCCUCCAUGUCGUCGAUGUGUCGAACACCAGCUCGAAUGCGUCUUGACCAAGUCAAGGCGUGGCGGACGCCGCAUCAAGGGUGUCCGCAAUUCCAUGAUUCAAACACCCAGCCGCAACAGCGAAGGCCAUGAUCCGGCGAACACCACGCACAAUGACGACGACGACGACGACGAAGACGACGACGACGAUAAUGAAAACUAUAGCAGCCAGCACGCAAGUCAUGCUCGUCCCGACCAACAUCCAGGCGGCGCGGAUGACAUGCGGGCAUGGCUGUCGUCGCAGCAGACCGGCAACUGGCCUGAUGAGGGGGGUUCCACUCGUGAGAUUGCAGAAUCGAGAACGAGUUCGGACGGAUUGGAAGGCCACAUUGCCAAUACCGAUCUUUUGAAUCCCUCGGAUGCCCUCGACCUUCUCGCUCAAGUCGCCGACCUGGAUCCUGAUAGGCAGCGAAAUGCGCUGGCGGGUCAAGCCGGCUCUAAUAGUAGACUUGCAGUGGACGGUAUGCCGCAAAUCGUCGGUAGAUCAGCCGCGACUUACUACCCUCCGCUGGACGAUGGUAUAAUAACACCGUCAGAGGCGUCAUAUCUUGUCAAAAGAUAUCAUGAAAACUUUCAUCCCUUCUUUCCAGUGGCACAUAGCGCCAUAUUCAAGGGUUCAAUAUCCGAAUGGGCAGCCAAGGAGCCCCAUCUCUUGACAGCGAUUCUUACCGUUGCUUCGAAAGACGACCCGGCCUGGUUUAGAGUAUACGACGCGUGCUCUCGCCACAUCGAAACCUUCCUGUCGAAUUUUAUAUAUGCUGGAUCGAAUUCUGUUGGCUCUGUAGAGGCGCUUCUCAUUCUUGCAGAAUGGGCGCCACAACGCCCGCAGGAGAAUUCUUCCAUUGGUUGUGGUCAAGAAGACCACGGUGCUUGGAUGCUUGUAGGCUUGGCCGUGAGGCUAGGAUACCUGCAAAGGCUUGAACAGUCUGCGCUAUUGCCGGACGAAGGAAAGCUUUCUGCGGAAAUGAGUAGAAAACGGGUCGUUUGGGCAGCGUGUUACAUGUGCGACCGACAAGUCUCAAUCCGACUUGGAAAGGGCUUUUGGUCACGCGGGCCUGGUCCAGCUCUUCAUUUACGGGCUGCAGAUUUUCCAACGCUACAAGAGCAGGCACUUGGCCCUGACAACAUGGGCCUGUUGUUUCAAGCCCAUCUUGAACUUACCCAGCUGAUCAGCAAUGCCCACGACAUUUUGUAUUCGUCAACGAGUCACCGACAGCAGCUGUACAUUGGCGGGGAGUAUGUUAGAUACAUUGAUGAUUUUGCUUCCAUGGUACGGAAAUGGAAGCUUUCAUGGGCAAACCAUAGCUUCACGCCUCCCGUGAAAGCCUCACUGGUACUGUCUUUCGAAUUUCUAAGGCUGUACAUCAAUGCCUUCGCCUUUCAAGCCAACCUGAAUCGGGCCGCCGCUCGGAAUGCGCAAGCAGGCCCUGGGAAAGCUAGUGGGCCGCUCUUUUCCAAUGUCGCUGGAAAGCCAGACGCUCGAUUUAUAUAUGAGUCUAUCGACGCUGCAAACUCGCUUCUCAGCAUUUUGAACAGCUUUAUCGACCCUGUGGCCGGCCUGAAAUGCAUGCCACUGAAGUACUGUCUCUACGUGAUUUAUGCCGCCGUCUUUCUGUUCAAGGCAAGAAUGGCGGGUGCUAUCAGCAGUGAAGGUGGCGAUCGCGGAGUUCGCCGUGCCAUUCAUGGUACUAUUACACAACUACAAAAAACGUCGGACAACCCUCAAAGUCUUGGAAGGCGAUAUGCAACAUCGCUCCGCCUUCUUUGGAGGAAAUCUAGUACAAAGCAGCCAAACAAAUCUGCUGCCGCUCGUCGUGAUCCCUUGACUGAGCCACCGACGCCGACAAUGGACGAUGUCCGAGCGCAGGAAGGCAUUCCUCUAAUUCCCACUGGCAAAGCGACGAUGGACAUGGAUCCAUUGAGCGGGUUUUCAUGGCGAGAUCUGGAUUCACUUGGACAGUUUAUUGCUGGCAAUUCAACAAUAUCCAUGACAGACGGGAUGCUCGCUGGUGGAGAAUUUGAUUGGGAACACAGCUCCGGUGGGCUGGACGAUCUUGUUGUACAGCCGCAGUUUGACACGAGGUGGGCCGGGCACGAUAUAAUUUUCUGA